GAUACGCGCGCGUGGUUAUCAUUCCCACUGACUUGUGCCUCGAUCCCUCGACUCGGUUUUUUAUGGGUCCAGACUCUUCUCACUCACACAUAUAGGCGACACACCGACACACUGACUUACACGUAAUCACACACUGACUGACUGACUGACUCACUGACUCACUGACUCACUGACCGAGCAACGGUUGGAUUUUUACCCGGCACCCUUGUGCAUGCGUGUUGGUUUUGGUUUUGUUGUUGUUGUUUUUCUCAACGAUGUUGCGAAAAUGACGAAUUGCAGCGAAUCUGCGAUCAUCGAGCAACUGGGACCAGACGAUGUUGUUUAUGCUUCUCGCGUUUUGACCUGAUGCUGUUGCGGUCCGAACAUCCCGCAGAUAAUUUUUACCAAUAUUUUAUCAUUGAUGGAACGAUUCCGUACAACGGAUUCGCUUGGCACGAUCAAUCGGUUUUUUUUCUUUGAUUUUUACAAGGAUCGGGUGACUCGAACUCACGAUGGAAUGUUAAAUCCGACAUGAAUUUAUGUUUCGUAGUAGUAUCUUAAUAAUAUUUGUCGAAUUGAAUCGAUUCGAUGCGAGUUCGUUAAACUCACAAUUAUCAGCGAAUUAUCUACCGUGUGGAAUUAUCUUCGGUUGCGUUAGAGAAAAUACACAUUGCAUACGGCAUAGUCGAUUCUCUACACGAAGCUUAAAUCAUCGUUCGCAUUGAUUAAAUUGGUCACGGGAUUACGAUAGUCGGGGAUGAUUUCAACGAGUAAUUUAAGAUGUUCGAAGAUGAAGUCGACCCGACCUCCAGGCAGCAGAGCCCGAAAGGAGACGGAACAUCAAACAUAAAUGACGGAACGUGAAAGCGACGUAAAAUGAACAUUCGGUGCCGUAGGAUGCCUUUUGCGGAAGGGUUGCACAAGUGAUGGGUGGUGAGAAGUUAUGGUGGACGUGGGGGAUGGGAGGUCGGGGCACAUCGACGAAUGGCACCCUGGUCGGCUCGCAGACGGUUGGCGAGGCGUGGAAUGGCUCGGUGGAACACGACGCAGUUGCCGGGGGUGGAAACGACACCUGGACAACCGGAAGUGCCUCGGGGAGCGAUCGCGACCUCGUAGUAAUGAUCGUUACAGCAACAAUUCUCUGCCUCCUGAUACUGAUCACUGUAAUCGGAAACGUUUUCGUCAUUGCAGCGAUUCUCCUGGAACGAAAUCUCCAAAGCGUUGCGAAUUACUUGAUUCUCUCCCUCGCAGUUGCCGAUCUUCUGGUUGCCUGCCUCGUCAUGCCUUUGGGAGCCGUGUACGAGGUAUCACACGAGUGGGCACUUGGCCCGGAACUAUGCGACAUGUGGACCAGCAGCGACGUCUUAUGCUGCACUGCCUCGAUCUUACAUCUCGUCGCUAUCGCCUUGGACAGGUACUGGGCAGUGACGAAUAUCGACUACAUCCACCAGAGGACCGGAAAACGAAUCGGCCUAAUGAUCGCCGUCGUCUGGCUCGUUGCCGCAUUAGUCUGCAUCGCUCCACUUCUAGGGUGGAAAGAUCCUCAAUGGGAACAUCGUGUGGUGCACGAAAAAUCCUGCCUGGUCAGUCAGGACAUCGGCUAUCAGAUAUUCGCUACGGCGUCUUCAUUCUAUCUGCCACUCUUCGUGAUCCUGAUACUUUACUGGAGGAUAUUUCAAACGGCCCGGAAACGGAUCAGGCGACGCGCGGGUCAACCGGCGAACCUUCCAGGUACCACCAAAUCCAUGGGUGCACCGCCCAGACCCAUCGGAGGAAGUCAUGCGGUUGGAGGCGCGUUGGCUCAGGCGCAAGCUUCCGGUGGAAUCGCAGCUGCGGUUGUCGCAGUGAUCGGAAGACCUUUGCCCACGAUAUCAGAGACAACGACGGCCUUCACAACGGUCAGCUCGACAAACACGUCGCCGGAAAAAACUUCGUAUCACAACGGUCUGGAAGCGGAUCCACCGACCAUGGAAACGUCACCAAGACCGGCUAUAUCGAGGCGGAAAAAAAUAGCCGCCGAUUCGAAGAGGGAGAGAAAGGCGGCCAAGACCCUCGCCAUCAUCACCGGAGCCUUCGUCGUCUGUUGGCUACCAUUUUUCGUCGUUGCGAUACUACUUCCGGUCUGUCAGACCUGCUACUUAAGCGAAUAUUUACUGGACGUCUUCCUGUGGCUUGGGUACUUCAACUCAACUCUUAACCCAGUGAUCUACACAGUCUUCUCACCGGAGUUUAGAAACGCCUUCAAGAAGCUACUGUGUAGACGACGACGAAGCGUCGGCCGACGGAUGGGCAUCCGUCAUUACAUGUAGGAAUGGGUUUAGGGUGGAGGUUACACAUCUUAUUACAAUAACGUGCAUUUAAUAUAGUAUAUACUUUACAGGCCAAUAAAUAGACCGUCUCAACUAUCAUGUUUCGACUCUACACAACGAUGUCUAUUUCCAAUUAUCACACUUACCACAUGCGGACAAUUAACUGUGAAACAAAAGUUGUCAAAGCUUCAUUCUCUGCACUAAACUUGGUUAAACCGUGAUGAUUGAUUUCGGACAAAUUUACUGUCAUCGUUGUUUUUUUUUUUUGGUUUUUUUAUGACAGAAAAAAAAUCUACAAUUCUCUUUCUAGCCACCCACCCCAUGUUUUUCGGAAUCUCUGAAAGUCCAUCGUAGCGACGUGUGUAUAAGACUUGUAGCUUCAACCCUUCCCUCUAUAUCACCUAUAUAUGUAUAUAUUAUACCUACGCGAUAAGAAUUCCCGACAACGUUGGUUCGUUCACCGGAAGCGACGGGAAUUUCGAAUCCCGAAUUGCUGGCACUUUGACUCCUUAAAGGAAACUCGAGAACGCGGUUGAUAUCCGGUACCUUGGACUUUGACUCCGAUCCUCUGCGACCCCUGUCAGGAUAGUGAAACAUUACACCGUGUAUAUUAGGAGUCGAAAAUUCAGUUCUCUUCAUCUUUCAUGUUUUAUAGAAAAGUGACAUUGACUGGUAGAAAAGACGAGAAUAUAGAUGAAAAAUGAACCGCGAAUUCUUCAAGUCUCUCAAAUCUCGACUUUAACCCGAAUGCCUUUUUCUCUCGAGACUAAAUUAUUUAGCUUUUCAAAUUCCCAAUUUUCAGGCGUGCAUCGAUUUCUACAAUUUAUUUUAUCACGGGUUCAAAGUAACUCAACAACUGAUUAUAAUCACGGA